AUAUCAUUUAGACAACAACUUUUCACGAUGCUUACUUGUGCAUAUCUGCUUCUUGUUCUUGUCGUCGGAUUUCUUCUUGAAAUUUCACAUAUUUUCAACAAGAAUGAUGAAAUAAUGAAUGCUGUAGGACUAAAGGAUUUGGUAAGUAUUUUCUAUAAAUGCUUUUUUUAUGGCAAAUUAAAUUUGUGCGCACUUUUAGUGUUUGGUCUCUUUGGUGUGGUUUACUGCGGUUUACUCUCGGUUUUAUGUAUGUUCGAAUAUGAGACUGAGGGAAAUAACUGUAGCGGAUACACAAUUGGAAGCACAUUACUAGCAAUGUUCUUCAUUUUUAUCCAAAUGCAUUUUGUCUUCUGCAAUUCUUCUAUUGUGGUGCAUGGAUCGCUCAAAAUUGCUCGUUUGGGAAUGAUGCAUUUGGUUGCAACAAACUUAUGGACAUGGAUAAAAUACAUUCUUGUUGAAGAGGAACUGAUGUAUGAACUACACGAAACGCCGGUGCAUUUGUCUGCGGUGGAAAAUGAACAUAACAAAUGCAAAGUUGUUGCGUGUGUCCUUGGUAGCUUCACCGAAUUCAUGUACACCUGCAUUGUCGAAUAUUCGCUUAUAUGUGCAACAGUCUGUUUUGUAUUUUGGACAAAUAUUGGUAAAGAAAUCAGUAAACGACAACUUUUACACAACGUUAUUGCUAUUGAUCUUUCCAGCACAACAACCGGAUUAUUUUCUGGUUUUGUCUUGGUGGCUGUGACCUUUGUUAGUAUCACCAUCUUCAAUACUUAUGCAUCUGAACAUCAUAUGAAAAAUAUAGCUUACAUGGUCUUUUAUCUUACCACAUUAUCUUUUGUGGUGAUUUGCUUUGCUGCAGUUUUACUCGCGUUUCAUCGGAUGAGACGACUCAAAUUCAUAAUGGAAGAAGAGGAUAUUGAUGAGGGUGCUGAACUUCUCGACCGUUUACUUUUGGUUUUUGGACUGACGGGAGAGCUGAUAUUUUGCAUUGGCGGAAUAAUGAGUUUAGCACAAUCGCUUGCCAACGGCCUGGUAACUUUGCUGCUUUUUAAUAAAUGCUUAAGUUUAAUACAAGUAUUAUCCCAAUCAGCAUUGAUACUAAUUGGAAGUAAACUAAAGGCAUCAUCAAAAGAAGCAAAGAAAAAGAAACCUGGGAAACAAGUAAUGUUUUUUCUGACUGCUACAGUUUUAGACUAUUGUUGUUUCUGA